GUAAAAUCAAUCUGGAUAACGCCAUCUUCCUACUUCAUCCACAGCGCCUACGUGGGAGGACUCUGGGUUGCAGCUCUGUACGCGACCCAUGACAUGCUCAAACAUGCAGGUGAUAAGUCCUUUCUUGGAGCGGUCGGGCACUGGUCCGAGGUCAACGACAACCUGUCCGGACUGCUAAAGCGCGCCAAGUCCGCCUACCACGACCAACUAUGGGGAGGGGAAUUCUACCGCUACGAUAUUACCACUCCAUCAAACGCACGAAACAACUCUGUGAUGGCCGACCAGCUGAGCGGCUAUUGGUUCCUCCGAACAGGCGGUGCCCCCAUUGAUGCGAUUUUGCCAGUAGACGCCGUUAUGGGAACGCUAAAAACGAUUGUACGGUUGAACUGGCUCAGCGUCCGGAACGGCAAGCUUGGCGCAAUUAAUAGUGUCUUCUCCAGCGCCAAAAAGGACAACACUAAUAUGCAGGCCGAAGAAUUUUGGGUCGCUGUUAAUUAUGGCCUUGCGGCCCUUCUUAUUCUUCACGGCAAGUCAUCAGAAGGCUUCGGGCUAGCAGGCGCCUGUUUCGAACAUGUCUACAACCAAUUGGGUCUGCACUUCCAGACGCCAGAGGCUUUCACAAAGGAAGCCACCCACCGCUCUUUGGGGUACAUGCGACCCCUUGCAAUCUGGAGUAUUCAGCGUGCCAUCGAGAUGACACAUCUGGCCCAAUAG